AUGUCGAACACGCCUGAGCAGCACAUAAAAGCCCAUCUGCUGUCGAAAUCUCUCCCAGUUUCGCCAUCCUGGCUAUCCAAUUUCCUCGCGUCGACAUCACAACAGCAGCAACGCGCGCCGAUCUCGGCCUUGACCCAGACAGCUCUGUUCCGCAUUCUCGCCUCCAACUUUACAGUGUCUCUGUCUACUUCGACACCUUCUGCUUUACUUCCUGGCAACAUCUCUGAUCCUGCUAUCAAGGAGCGACGGAUCCCGGGACCGGUGCCUGUUCAGGUCCUCGACAUCGAGGACAUUGGCACGAGUCUGUGGAGCCAGGUUGAAGCGAUCGAGCGCAUCGAGCGAGGGGAAACAGUUAGAGGAAAGGCGAUUGUGCGAAACGUGAAUGUUGACAAAAGAAACGAUCAGGGCACAGAGUCUUCUUCAUCUUCCGACCAAACUACAGCCCGCAAUCCCAGCAGAACCAGCAGCAAUGCAAACGCCGAUUCUGGCAACAACUCGGGAAAUGCCAGCAACGGGCCCCAUCGUCUCGUUCUCCAAGAUGCAGCGGGAACAAAGGUUAUCGCCUUGGAGCUGAAGCCCGUAGAGGGCAUCGCGAUUGGGAAGCUUCCCAUCGGAGCAAAGCUGCUGUUGAAGAACACUGUCGUCGGGAGAGGCAUGGUGUUGCUGACUCCGGAAACGGUAACGCUCCUUGGAGGCAAGAUCGAGGCAAUGGAUGCUGCUUGGCGAAAGAGCAGAAAGGAAAGCUUGCUGGCGAGAAUUGAAGCGAUAGAUAGAGAGCAAAGGGAGAGGGUCGCCAAUGGAGAUAUGAUUGAGGAAGACUAA